AUGAUGAACUUAUUACGGAGAAAAGACUCGUCAAGAGCAAUGACUCUACCCGGCAGAGAAGGUGACCGGGAGCGGGCAGCUGCACUAGAGGAACAGAUCAAAAUUUUGGCCGAAACAGCUUCUCAGGCUCUAGAUAGAGUCGGAGAACUCGAACAGGAGGUUGCUAAGCAGCAGAAGGAGAUUGAAGCAUAUAAGACGGAGGUUGGCGAAAAGCAACUGUGCAUUGAACGACUCAGUAAUGAGGUCGGGGAACUUAUGACCCAAUCUGUGACAUGCCGUGACUCCAACGACGCUCAUGGGACUCCCCAGAAACAAUGUGCGAAAUGCAAGUCACGUGAACUCAUCACUUCAAAGUCAGUAAGCACCCAGACUACAGUAGCAACAACCACCAAGAUCAAGGCCGAAGACACCAGAGUCGGUGCACGUGGGCAGACCGAUUCAGCUGUCUCACGUGGCGGUCUCUCUCGUGACUCCAUCCAGUCUCAGGACUCUCAUAACUCUCAUGACUCUCAUGACUCUCAUGACUCUGCGGCCCACAUUGAGCACGUGGCUCGAGUGGUUGUUGCAGAGGAGAUGACACGGCCCCGCGGAGUGUCUACUUCAACAUCAACGACCGCGGACUCUUCGUUUUCGUCGUCUGUGCACUCGUCGCCAUCACGUGACUCGUCACGUGACUCGUCCUUUACCGAGUUGUCUGAUUUCUCCGACGACGACAUUGGAGCUGUUCGAACCGUGAUCAUGUCGGCUGAACAAAUCAAGGCUGUGGACAGAAGCAACCUUGAGCAUCACGUGACUCAGCUGCAGCGGUUGCUCAAGAAGAGCCAGUCACGUGACGACGAUCUAUUCCGGAUGCAAAAGUUGGAAGCUGCUCUGGUCGCAGUUUCUCGGGCCAGGGCUGUUUUGAGAAAGGCCUGA